UGUUCUUUACAAUAAUAUACCACAUGGUCUGAUCAAACUAUGUACAGAUAAGCCUCUAAUUUUUUUUACUCUGCAACUGUUCCAUUUUCUAUUCAGAUUAGACUCCUCUUCAGCUCUAAUUCCCAAGCUUUCUGCUGCAUCUUAAUCUUACUUAAAGAUAACAAUAAAAAAAUACCACUAGCCACUGCAGCCCUCUUUGUUGCUUUCUGGUUGUUUUUGGGUUCAACAGUUGAGAAUAGAUUGUUUUGUCCUGGCCAUAACAAAGCCAAACUUGUUUCAGAGAAGAUCCAAGGUAGAAGUACUGAAAACUGAGUGAGUCUUUUGAUGAAGAUUCUCUGAAGAAUAUACAGUAAGGUCAAAACAUGUUCAAGUCAUGGAGGAACGACAAGAAAAAGAUCAAAGCUACAUUCAAACUGCAAUUUCAGGCAACUCAGGUGCCACAUCUAAAGAAACCUGCCUUGACAAUAUCCUUGGUGCCAGAGGAUGUCGGAAAGACAGCAUUCAAACUAGAGAAAGCUGCAGUUCAGGAUGGAAUCUGUUCAUGGGACAAUCCGGUUUAUGUAACCGUGAAGCUCAUCAAGGAGCCAAAAUCAGGAAUUCUGCAUGAGAAAAUAUACCAUUUCAUUGUUGCAAGUGGGUCAUCCAAGUCAGGUUAUCUGGGAGAAGCUUCAAUUGACUUUGCAGAUUUUGCUGAUGAACCCGAGCCACUGACUGUCUCCCUGCCCCUUAAAUUUGCCAACUCUGGUGCAGUUCUACAUGUGACUAUUCAGAAGAUGCAGGGAGAUGUUGAUCCAAGAAAAAUUGGAGACAAUGGAGAUCCUGUACUUUCUCAAGACCGAAGCUUGAAAAGCCAGCAGAGCAAUGACCAUACAGAUGAAAAUGAUGAAAGUUUUACUGAAGACAGGGACUUGAACAUUCUUUUAUCACAGAAUUCUGAACAAGAAAGCAGCUUCAGAUCAUCUGUUGGGGGCAAUUCUAGCUUCAAAUCAGUUCUCAGACAAGACUCAAUGCCUCCAAAGGGUGCAGUUGAUGGCAUCGCAACAAAAAACCGCUUGCAUCGUAGAACAAGCACAGAUUGGUCAAUGGGUUCAAGGUCAGAUGGAAGUUUAGUUGGCUCAACAAACAGCCCUGAACAGAGCCUUCCAAGAGAGUUUCAAGAAGCUUCAGAUGAAACCGUUGAAAGACUGAAAAGUGAAUUAUCUAGUCUAAUGAGGCAGUCAGAAUUAUCAGAACUAGAAUUACAGACUCUUCGGAAACAGAUUACCAAAGAGAGUAGAAGGGGGCAGGAUUUGUCAAGACAGGUUAAGGAACUUGAAGAGGAAAGAGAUGAACUCAAAACAGAAUGUGAGCAGGUCAAGUCUUCAAGAAAAUCUGUUGAAGGAGAAUCCCUGAAUCAAUUGCGAGCCGAGUACGAGGAUUCUUUGGUUCAGCUAGAAGAAGUCAGGCGAGAGCUUAGUCAUCAAAAGGAUUUGAACACCAAUCUUAAGUUGCAACUCCAGAAAACACAAGAUUCAAAUUCUGAGUUGAUUCUUGCAGUGGGAGACCUUGAUGAAAUGCUGGAGGAAAAAAAAAGGGAAAUAUCUUCUCUGUCCAGCAAGCUAGAUGAGGUUGAGGAGAAAAACUGCAAAUGCAGCAUGAAAGAGGACACAGAUCAACAUGCAGUGCUUGCACUGGAAGAAAAGGCUAGGGAAGAUGAUGAAUUUUGUCUGCUGAAGCAAAGGGUCAUAGACCUAUCCGAUGAAAUUGAGGUCCACAGAGAAAAUAGAGAAAAACUGGAGAAUUAUAUAGAACAACUCACACAGGACUAUGAGAAUCUAAAGCAGGAAAACUAUGAUGUAUCUUCCAAGUUAGAGCAGAGCAAGAUACAAGAACACAAAUCAUCAGAAUCUUUGGCUACCAUUAAAGAACUUGAAUCACAGGUACAAAGAUUAGAGGAAAGAUUGAAGACGCAAACACAAGAAUUCUCAGAAUCUUUGGUUUCCAUCAAUGAACUGGAAAUUCAGGUCAAAGGGUUGGGGAAAGAACUGGAAAAACAGGCACAAGGAUUUGAAAAUGACCUUGAUGCCAUGACACAUGCCAGAAUUGAGCAGGAACAGAGAGCUAUCCGUGCAGAAGAGGCCUUGAGGAAGACAAGGUGGAAAAAUGCUGUUACAGCAGAGCGGAUACAGGAAGAAUUCAGAAAACUUUCUGUGGAAAUGGCAGGCAAGUUUGAUGAGAAUGAGAAGCUGACAAAGAAAUCAAUAUCAGAAGCUGAUGAACUCCGAGCACAGAACAGAAUUCUGGAAGAGAAUCUUCAGAAAGCUAACGAAGAGCUUGCACUGGUGAUGGGCCAGAAGGGAGUAAAAAUGGAAGAACUAUCAGUGCAACUAGAUUUGAAGACAAAACAUGUAGAGCAGAUGUCAGUGGAAUUAGAAGAUUCUUCCAACCAACUGAAGCAAGGAGGAGAAAUGCAAGAGGCUUUCCAAGUUGAAAUUCAAAUGCUGAAAAAGGAGAUAGAGACACUCAGAAAAGAGAAGAAUGACAUCUCUGAGCAGGAAAAGGUGAACUUAAGAGAUGAAACAGAGAAAUUGAAGACAUCUUGUGAAGAAACAAAUAUACUAACAGAAAGAUGGAAAAGAGAAAGGGAGGAAAUAGAGGAAAAAUUUGCAUCGACAAAGAAGGAAGCAGAAAACACAAGGCAAGAAUUACUCAAUGUGAGGUCGUUAAAGGAUGAAAAGGAGGCAAUGAUCAAGAACCUUUCAUCGCAACUUCAAAGCCUCAGAGAUCAGCAGAUUGCGUUAAAACAUAGCCUGUCCGAAGAAGAAUGCGAGAAAGAAAAACUGCAGCAACAAGUAAUCAAAUUAAAGGUUGAACUGCAAAAGAAGGAACAUGGAAAUACUAGUGUCAUGGAGAAGCUCUCUUUUUCAGAUGAAAAGAACUUGACUCCAAUGGACGAUGAAAUGCAGAUGAACGGAAGAAAGGGUAUUGAAAGAAAAGCAAGAAGUUGCUCGAAGGAAGAACUAGUAGUGGGCACUUUCCACCCAAUGGAUGAGGGUAACCUAACUGAGCUGUUGACAGAAAUGGCUCAGCUAAAAGAAAAGAACAAAUGUAUGGAAAUUGAGCUAAAAGAAAUGCAAGAGAGAUACUCAGAGAUCAGCCUCAAAUUUGCAGAAGUAGAAGGUGAAAGGCAACAGCUUGUCAUGACUGUACGAAACCUCAAGAAUGGUAAGAAAAGCUAGCAUUCUUACUCUUUCAGACAUGGAUGUCAGACAAAGAAAUGAAGCGUGAGUGAAGCAUCUGCUAAAGUGAGCAUCUGACGAGCAAGACUGUUGGUCUUCUAAACAUUAUGCACAUUGUAAUGGGAGUUGAGCUAGAGGUGCUCUAGAAGCAGGAAAAAAGUUCAGAAAGGAGUAGAUCUUUCACUAAAAACAUAGUAAUUACAUACUCCUUUGCUUUAUGCGGAUUUUGUGUACUCCUUAUUUGUGAUGUUCAUGUAGGCUAUAUAGUUGAAGUAUAAUAGUGCCUGAGCUGAAACGUGGUUAUAUUGAGAAACUACAAGACUGAAAGUGAGAUAUAUAAAAAGAGAUUCCAAAUUUCAGACA